ACCACAAAAGUUUAGUUUUAAUUUAAUGUACAGGAAAUUUUUAUAUUUUCAUUUGCAAUUUAGAUUAUUUUUUUUUUAUUUCUAUUAAAAUACACAAUUUUUGAGGUUAGAUACUUAAAUUCGCGCCCUUUUGGAAAUGUCAUAAAAAAAAUAAUAAUUUCUUAUCUGUUGGAAAAGUAUAUAUAUGUAUUGCGAAAUUCAAGUGAUUCAUAAUCGAUAAUAUAUUCAGAAAAAAAAAAAAAAGAGAGGAAAAGUACGAUCGUAUUGUACGCGGGGGAAGGGAUUAUUUGAAAGUGUAAAAUAUAUUCAUAAGGAAAACAUUUUUUUUAACAAGUAGAGAGAAAAGUUAUUUUAUUUUUUUUUUUUCGUUUUCUAUUUUAUCGGUAAAGAAAGCGCGGGAGGAAAAAUUUUUGUUGGGGAAGUGAACUGCGUUUAUAAGUGUGGACAUACAGGUGGUGGGGGGUUUAGGGAAACCGCCAUUUUGUUGGUGACGCGCAGUUCUGAGAUUCGAGAUUCACCAGUGACGAAGUGACUGGACUUUUGACGUGGCUGCUACGUACCUGCCCGUUUUGCCCACUCCGAGACAGCAAAGUUGGUGACGAGAAAUACGUAACUGGCUUCGCAAACGUUCUCGGGCUAUGGAAAGUAUGGUUGAAGAAAACGGCUCAGCUGUAGAUCAACUAUCGCAGGGAUCGCAUAGUGGCGAUGCAGCUCCUGUUAUUGCCACAUCGGUACAAUCUGUUAUUCAACCAAAUCAACAAUCUGUAAUUCAAACAGCAACAAAUAUUCAACCUGUUGCCCUUUCUAAAGGCAAUGUUAUUCUUGUUAAACCCAACUCAGUUAUUCAAACAACAGGAGGAUUACAAACACUGCAGGUUGUUGAAACGGCAAGUGAUGAUAGCUAUUCCGAUGAAGAAUCUCCGAAAAAAAGGCGUGAUAUUCUCACGAGACGGCCGUCGUACAGAAAAAUUCUUAAUGAUUUGGGUGGCGGAGAAAUAGCAGAAGGUCGUUUGCACACUUUAGAAUCUUCUUCAGAGUGUGACUCGAAUGUGGACAGUGAAGUGUCUUCUCAUUCACUCCAUUAUCAGACAGUAAUACCUGCGGGUACAAUUCAAAUCGCUACCCAAGGAGAAGGUGUUCCUGGAUUACACACUUUAACAAUGAGCAAUUCGGCGACAGCGGGUGGAACAAUUGUACAGUAUGCACAAGGACAAGACACGCAAUUUUUUGUUCCAGCUUACACAGGACAUGGUGUUGUUGUUGAAGAUGCAGCAAGGAAAAGAGAAUUAAGGCUUCUUAAAAACAGAGAGGCAGCACGUGAAUGUAGAAGAAAAAAGAAGGAAUACAUCAAGUGUCUAGAAAAUCGUGUUGCAGUUUUGGAGAAUAGAAACCAAACAUUGAUCGAUGAACUUAAAUCGUUAAAGGAACUUUAUCAGCAGAAAAGUGACUGAGGUUGGUGUUUGAUGCUAAAAUAUUGUAUCAGAUUCGUUAACUAAUAAUGAAUGUUGUUUUUUGACCAAAAAAAAAAAGAAAAAAAAAACAACAGUGAUGUACAUGCAUUCGUAUACAUAAGUGUUAAUGUAACAUAUUGUAUUUAUGUACGACCAUGAAGGCUUGUGAAACUUGCUCUUACUAAAGCGAGAAGCCAAAGUUUAUGAACGUGUCGCAGACAUUUUUAAAUGCAACUGGGAGGGCAAUCUUUGUUUAGUAAAGAGACAUUUACCGAUCGCCACAGGAGAUGAAAAAAAAAACAAACAAAUAUUAUCAGUGACAUUGCUCUUUGUAAAUUAGCAAAAUUUGUACAGUUGAAUUAUUUUGCUUUAAGAAAAAAAAAGAAAAAAAACACCAUACAAUUUGUGUCACUUGAAAAAUUUUUAGAAACUCUUUAAUUGAUGAACAAAACAAAAAAAAGAAGCUCUUGAUUUUCAUUUUUAAAAAAAUACCUUCUGUACAUCGAGCGAUAAUUAGUCAUUUUCUAAUAAUAAUAAUAAUAAUAUUAUUAAUAAUAAUAAUACCUAAUAAUAAUAAUUAUAUAAUAAUAAUUGUGAAUAUGAUUAAGAAAUCUUCUUGAAAAUAAUAAUCGACACUUGUCGAUUUUUAUUUACAUAAUUUCAAUUUUUUUUUUUAAUUGUGCUAAUCGCUUCAUUAAUAUUUGAUUCUUUUUUUCCUUUUAUUCAACACUAUAUAUGUGUAAUCACAGCAAAAAAAAAAAAAAAGUUUUAAUUUUUUUUUUCAAAUAUUUUAACAUUUAUAUUUGUGGUCGCUAAAUGUAGGGUAACAAAAAUCUUACAUAUAUGUCAAAAAUUCUGGCUGAAUACAAUGAAAGAAAAAAAAAAAAAAAAAAAGCUUUAUAAAGUGGUAGCCAGUCAUUUGUAAAAUAUAGCUGUAAUAUAAAUCUGGAGUGCCUUGCAAAUUGCAUAUAAAUAUUUAUAUAUAUAAAUAUAAAUUUAUAUGUAUAAAUAAAUAUAUUAUAUAAUAUAACAAUGAACUUACAGUAGUUUAUGGUUAUAAAGAAUAUUUUUAAACUUUAUUUAUCACACAAGGUAAUUCAAUUUAAAAGUCGUAUACAAAUUUGUUGUUUUAAUUUUAAAUUUAAAAAAAGAAAGAAAUUUGACCAUUUUUAAUCAUCUUGAUACAUAAAUCAACUGUGGUUAAAUGGAGCAUUAAAAAAAAAAAAUCACAAAAUGUUAAUCUUAGUUGUUUGCACAUAAAUGUAUAUGUAUGGCAAUUUAUAGAAAAUUUAAGACAGAAUUUUUUUUUUUUUUUUUUGUUAAAUGAAAGGGAAAAUGUUAAAUAUGCAUAAAUACGAUGUGUUGUCCUACAAUAUAUGAGACCUGACAGUCACAUUUAAUUGUCUGAAAAUUAUAUUUAAAAAUUGUUUUUGUUUUUCGAUAACAAUAUUUAUUGUAAAAAAUUUUUAUUCCUACAGUGGAAAAAAAAAUUUAUUUGCUUCAAAUAAUCGGUUACUUAACUAUUAUCAAAUAAAUAUUUUUAAAUAAUUUUUAUUUAUAUCAAUUAAUUAAAAUAAAAAUUAUUUAGUUCAAGUAAAUAUAUUUAUUUUGAUAAUAGUCAAGUAACUGAUUAUUAUUUGAAACAAAUAAAUUUUUAUUUCGCGAAUAAUAAAAAUUUUUCUUGUUAAUUACUGUCAGAUUUCAUAAUUCCCAGUGUAGAGUACAUUGACAAUGUUUUGCAAAAACAUUUAUUUUUUUUAUUUAUUUUUUUCGGUUAGUUUAAGAAACAGAUGAUUUGAUUGAAAAAAAUUUUUUUUUUCCAUAUGUAAAAGUUUUGUAUUAUUCAAUUUUAUAUUUCAUAAUUUUUGAAAUAUUUUUAAUUACAAAGAGUAAAAAAAGAAAAUUGAAUUGUUUACAAAAUUUUUUGUUUAUAAACAAUUUUUGAGGGUUACUUUAUAUAUAUAUACAUAUAUUAUAUAUUAAUAUAUAUUUUAAUAUAUUAUAUAUUAAUAUAUAUUUUAGUAUAUUAUAUAUAUAUAUAUUAAUAUAUAUUUAUAAAUAUAGGUUUUAUUGAAUUUUUAUUAAUGAAAAAAAAGAGGUAAAAAUAAAUAACACAAAUUCAAUUGUGUGUAGAGAGCAUCGAUAAAUGUGUUAACUAUGUGUAACAAAAUAAUUUAUAAAGAAGAAGAAUAAGAGGAAGAAUCGUUGCAAAAAGAAAAAGUGUGAAACAUUAAAGAUCUUAAAAUUUAUUUUUAACCUACAAAGACAGGUGAAACCUUCUAAUAGGUAUGAGCAUAUGGUCUUUUUAAAAACUUAAAAUGUAAUUAUAUGUAUAGUAUGUGUAUAUCUUGGUUGCUGCACCUGACAUUUAAUAGAGUAUUGUACAUAGAUAAUAUAUAUAUAUAUUAUAUAUAAAUCUAUAUAUAAAUAUAUAUAAAUGUAUUUUUACAUAUCAUUGGCCUUCUUGAGAAAUAUAGCUUAUAAAUCUA